GUUACCCACUCCAGGCAGCAGACGGCGAUGUGAGUCUUUCAGUUGAUGGUUCUUGUGUGACGUAUAAUCUAGUGGACGGGACGGGAGGCUUCUUCAACAGCGACAAAAGGCUUCUGAUUCACCCACCGCGGUGGUCUGCUAGCGAACAUAAAACCGAAACGUUUAAGAUCUUUAGACCAUUAUUGUGUAUUUUAUGUAUUAUUAAUCUUAGUGUUUAGAACAUCAUUCUGUUUACGUAUCUACUUGUUCAUUUAAACGCAAUUUGCUUAUUACAUUAGCAAAUCUGUUACAUUGGUAUUGCGCUAGGCUAAUGUCCCUGAGCAUUUUUUAUUUUUAUUUAUUUCACCUUUAUUUAACCAAGUAGACUAGUUGAGAACUAGUUCUCAUUUACAACUGCGACCUGGCAUGAGCUCACUAAACUAGACGGAGAAAGAAGCUCUGAUGAAAGGAGAGGAAGAAGCUUUCAGAAUGAAAGAAGAGGAAGAGGAUGCUAUCACAUUGAAAGAAGAGGAUGAUAUUACAGUGAAAGAGGAAGAUGGGAGAGAGGUUGUCAAAGUGGAAGAGGAGGAGGUAGAAGCUUUCAGAAUCAAAAAGGAGGAAGAUGCCGUAACAUUGAAAGAAGAGGAAGAACCUUUUAGAGUAAAAGAGGAAGAGGAGGCUAUCUCAAUAAAAGAGGAGGAAGACGUUUUGGGAGUGAAAAAGGAGGAGGCUGAAGAUCCGAUUAACACCAGAGAGAGACAUGACUAUUGUGGAUCCUCUGGGGAGCCUCAACAACAUCCUGAUGCUGACGAGGCAGAGAAGAGUCUCUCCAGAUCAGAACACCAGAUGGACAACACUAGCCCUUCCUCCCUCCCGGAGUCCGUGUGUAGUGCCUCUCCCGGUAGCACCUUACUGCUGGGUAUGAAGAGGUUGUCUGUCCUGCUGGUGGACUGCAGGAAAUCAACUUGUCUGAGUGGAACUGUGAGAGGAGGAGAAGAGAAGAAAGGAUCAGAUUUGACACAUCAAACAGGAGAAAGACCAGACUCAGAAGAACCAGAGCCAGGGACGUCCAAACCAGCAAGAAGACACCAGUGUUCCCACUGUGGAAAGAGUUUUAACCAGAAAGGACACCUGAACCAACAUGAGAGAAUACACACAGGGGAGAAGCCUUACCACUGCUCCCAGUGUGGAAAGGGUUUUAACCAAAAAAGCUACCUGAAAAAACACGAGAGAAUACACAUAGAGGAGAAGCCUUACCACUGCUCCCAGUGUGGAAAGAGUUUUACCCACUUGUGUAAUCUGAAAACACAUGAGAGAAUACACACGGGAGAAAAGCUGUACUGCUGCUCCCAGUGUGGAAGGAGUUUUACCCACUUACGUAACCUGAAAACACAUGAGAGAAUACACACAGGGCAGAAGCCUUACCAUUGCCAAGUGUGGAAAGAAUUUUACUGACUUAAAUAACCUGAAAACACAUGAACAAUUACACACAGGGGAGAAGCCUUACUGCUGCUCCCAGUGUGGAAAACGUUUUAACCAGAAAAG